AUGGCCGAUGAUACGCCAACAAAAAGUGUGCCUUUUCUUUCACCAUCAUCCGAUGUUAUUUGUAUCAUCUGUUAUGAAGAUCUGCAAAAGAAAUACGGUAACAAUGCCGGAAAAGGAGGGUAUAAAAUAAAUCUUUGGAGACAACGUAAUAAAACUGAGGCUUGUAAGACUGUAGAACAAUUCUUGCAACGUAGUUUAGAUUAUUCAAAGAACUUGAAAUGUAUUUGUCGGUCAUGUUUAAAUCAGUUAAAAAAAGGACAAAAAAUCUUGUCAGAGGGUCAGUUGCAACUUAAAGGCAACCAAGAAAAGGCUGAAGAGACCUUUUUGCGAGUAAGGGUAAAACGAGAAUUAUCCUCAUCGACGGAAGCGACGUCAAAGGCGAGACGAUCGUUGAAUCAAGAUCUUUAUACAAGAUCAGAGAAAUUAGAGUGCACUAAAGCAACGGAUAAAAAGGUAAACUGAAUUUUUUUUAAAAUAUAUUAACAUAUGGCUAUUGUUGAAAUCCUUUCAGACAUUUAGGCUGUUUCUACGUGCGUACGUAUAAAAAACUCUUAACUGCUCCAUUUAUUUAUAUUGUUAUACUGUUUAGUAUGAAAGAUGCAUAAUAUUGUGUCAAUGUGUACUUGCCCCUAUCAUCCUCUGAAGCCAACUGCCUAAGAAAUUUAUACAACUAAAUUAAUAAACCAUAAAUUUUAUACCUUCUUUUUUUCAAAUACAAAUUCUAUGGCAUGCACAAGGGUUACUAAGGGUUCAGGAUUAGCUGUCGCCAGUGAAAAUUUGACCCCACCCCUUCUUUUCAUGUAUAAAAUUAUAACUAUCCUGCCCUCCUUCCAAGAAUAUUUUCAGAGGGCCAUAACUGAGAAACCUGGCUACACCACUGGUUAAUUUAAUUUAUAUUGAAUAGAGUACCACUGUAUUACUUAUAAAUUUAGUUAACUGGACAAUUAUACAAUUUGUAGGGUAUAUUAAAUGUAUCUGAUGGUGAAGGAAACAUAAUAGAUUUGAACUUAAAAUACAUAAAAAUUGCUGAAGCUGUUGCACUGGAUAAAACUGAUCAGGAAAUAUGUUGUGCCAUUUGGGAGGUGAAAGACCUGAGAGAAAAACUGUUAGAGUUGAUUGAACGUAAAGUAAAGGAGGAGGUUGGGAAAAUAUGUGGGCGUAACUUUUCAAGUUGUUUUCGUGCUUCUAUGGCAUCAGAUUUAAAGUCGUUCUCGUAUGAAGAGCUGGAGAAAGAAUUUGUAGAACAAUGUCCGAUUUUGAACCGAGUAAUAACUGCAGCCGCAGUCAACGAGAGAAAUUUGAAAAGAAAUAAAAUUAAAUGUACAGAUCAAGUUAGAAACGCAAAAUUAACUGGAAUUGGCAUUAUUUUAAAUGCACGAAAUCGAGAAAUGAACAUGCAUCAGAUGAUGACUAGCAUCAUAUUGAAACGGGGAGGAGCAAACAAGAAGACUUUCCGUCGUCUUGCAGCGCGAGGAUUGUGCAUAUCAUAUCAAUCAACACUAAGAAUACAAACUAGAAUGGCACAGAAUCAUGACAUUCAAAUUUUAAGACGAAAGAGAAAAGUUGAAGCAAACGUCAUUUCAAAUAAUGAAAACACGGAUAUGCACAACACGGAGAGAUCCAAUGAGCCCUCUAAUACUAACGCGGAAACUAACGCUACGCUAACAAAAAACUAUACCACGCCAGGUAUUUCACCUCCCAUAUUAAACACAGUAUUACGCUCGUCUCUUAACCGACCUGAAAACUCCAACAUACCAGCAGAUUGUUUGGCAUCUGUGAACCACAACACAGAAUCAGGUUGCCAUUUAGUUGAAACCGCUUGUCUUUCAAAUAAUUCAAGUUCAGAAUCACUCGUGACUCAUAUACCUACGAAUUCAGACAACACUGCAAACUCUUUUGCAGAGCAAUGUGACUAUAUUUCAUCAACCAAAUCAACUGUUGAAGCUCACCCACCGGAACAUUCUAACUGUAUGAGCGAAGAGGCUAGAGAUCAGCAUGAAAGCAGAAGCAUGGAAAGCGAGUCAAAGGACAUGGAAAGCGACAUGGAAAGCGAGUCAAAGGACUCUCUUUUUGAUGUUAUUGAACAUGGUGAACUGUUUGAUGAGAACGGAUUGGGGAUUAGAUUUAUUGGUGAUAAUGUGAACGUUCAGACUAAACCGCGUCAUAUGGGUAAAGGUCGACAUGUCAAACAGUUCAAUCUUUUCAAUUUCAUUGCAGUCGAGAACAGAGUUCCGUUCGACAUAAGUGAGUGUUCUCAGCAGAUCCCAUCAGAGCUUGCCAGUAAGAAGUUGUGCAGUUUCAUUCCAGAUUUGAAUGACAAUCGAGCACUUCGAGAAGAUUUCAAAUAUAUCGUCGGAAACACGUUAAUAAAAUAUGUUCCAGCCUUUCAGUGGUUGUCAGAUUGCAUACCAUCCAAUCUUGAACAUCCAUACAUUAAAUAUACUUCAUUAAAGUCAAAAAAGGUUUGUAUACCUUAGAAGACAUUAAUUUGAUAGAGUACUUGUAAAUUAAAAAAAAACAAAAACUAAAUGAUAAUUUCUAGGAAAAUUAAUUAUUACAUGACUAUUACAGUUGAGCGGUCCAUUCACUAAAAUCAAGCACUCUGAUUGGUUCCUGAGCGGUCGGUAACCAAGAGUACGGACCGGCCAGGUUUGGCGGGACAACAGUUUGAGUUUCUCUUAAUCGUUUUUAGUCAUAUAAUAAAUAAUUUAUUGACUGAGCUUGUUCGGUCCACAAGGGAGGAUACUGGUCUCGUUCUUUUUUUGCUUGUAUGGACCUCGCCUAAAGGCUCGGUGCAUACAAGCGAAACUCGACCAGUAUCCUCCUGUACGGACCUCUCGCUCAGUCAAUAACAUAUAUAUAUACUACCAUGUAAGCUAGACUUGCUUUUCGAGUGUCUGUUUGUAAUAUUGGGCUGUUGCUCUAGGUACCUCUCGGCGUGCUCAGUAAAGAUGAGAACAUAAGCUCAGAGAUGAUAGAAAUAUUGCAGACAAUUCACAACAAAUAUAUUCCUCAAAAAGGCAACGAAAUAUUGGAAGAGUCAAUAUUCGGCGGAGAUUUGUUGACGUGUGAACGAUGCAUGAAUGCGCAAGAAGACAUGAGAGAUGCACCUACUUCAGCAAAGAGGCUGACUGGUUUAAAACCAGUCAUUGAAGAUUUCCAUACAUUUGGAAAUUUUUUACAGGUGAGUAUUUCAGUAUUACCUGCAAAAACGACGUACUCAAUUUUAUACAAGAUGUAAAUGUGCCAGAUCGCGAUCUUAAUUCAGGUAUUAAGGUUGUUAUUUUUGGAGUAUAUAUUAUGAGACCCUAAACAAAACGGUUUAGAUAAUGUGAAUAUUGUAGUUUUUAAAAGCUAGGACUAACGAAAUGAAACAUUAAUUACAGCUCGGUAAUGACAUGAAAUGUGUUAUUACAGUAAAUUAUCUGAUAAAUUGAAAUCCACUAUGAACCAAAAAAUGAGAAGUAGGCCUAAAUAUACUGUUUGCUGAACACAGUUAAUAGAAUACGGUAGAUGGUUUGGAAACUCAUUAGAAUAACAAUAUAACUCAUUAUCUAUGUUAAGUCAACCUUUAUUCAUAAAUCUGGUCCUUCACCGUCACGUGUGUAUUGUAUUUUUGCAUGCAACUAACCAAUAGCAAUGUAUUAAGAAAGUUACCUAUCCGUGCCUCGAACAAUAGGGUAAAUUGGAAAUUGCUAUUGGUGGAUUUGGUAAGAGUACAAUACACACGUGACGACGAAGGACCCGAUUUAUGAAUAAAGGUGGACUUAACAUAGAUAAUGAGUUAUACUAUUAUUCUAAUGAGUUUCCAAACCAUCUAUUCUACUAUGGCCUGAACUGACCAAUGUGAUACUGACCACUGUAUUUGUGCAGGUCAUAUGGAGUGUUCUAUACUCGAAGACCUCAUCAGCCGACAAAGGGACUCUAUAUGCAUGUAGGAACUUCCUGAAUGCCAGUAAUGUACCUACGGAUCCUAUGAAUGAUGUUAAUGCAGCAACACAUUUUCUAUGGAAAUUUACUGAUGCAAUGAUUUUGAGUGCGUGUAUGGAAACGUUUCAGAUGGAAAGCAUUUCUGAUGAACCAAAACUAGAAGAUAGUUUUUGCCUAUUACCGGAUCCUGACAAAGCAGAUUUGUUACUUAAUUUGGUCGUGACCAAUUGUGCUCUGCAAGACGAUAUCAGUUUUGAUAUGAGCGAAGAUGAUAUGUUUAAUUGUCAGGUAUAAAAUAUUAAUUACAUGCUAGAAUGUACAAAAUUUAUGACAUAGACUGACUAUUGAGACGCGAACGAAUAAUAAUAGACUCUUCUCGUGUCAAGUUAGUACCGAAAGCCAAUUGCCAAAUGACGUUACAGUACGUAUAGUUUAAUAUUACGAUACGUAUGACAAAUGGGUUUUUUAGCCAACUUGAAAAGUGUGUUCAAAAGGGCUGUAAGUUUCUGGUAGUUACUACAUUUAAAUUACUUUUUAAAUUAUUCUUCCAAGGUAUGUGGAAAGAAAUAUAAGAAACUAAGUUCUUUGAGAAAACAUCUCCUCUCGCACAGAGUAGAGGCGGCAAGAAGCAACGACGAUGUGGAAGAUCUGGCCAUGGAUAAUGUAAGAAAUUACUCCACGAACGCACUAACUCUUUGCAUGAUUGCCAAAGAUUACGAAGACGCUAGGAAGCUUGGUGAUGGACAGCGGAUCGUUCGAUUGUUUAAAUUCAUGCUGCUAUUUUUCAAAAACAAUGGCCAAGGUAUGUGGAAAGAAAUAUAAGAAACUAAGUUCUUUGAGAAAACAUCUCUCUACUGACAUGAGAAGCAACGAGAUGUGGAAGAUCUGGCCAUGGAUAAUGUAAGAAAUUACACGAACGCACUAACUCUUUGCAUGAUUGCCAAAGAUUACGAAGACGCUAGGAAGCUUGGUGAUGGAAAAUAAAUGCUGCCAAGGUAUGUGGAAAGAAAUAUAAGAAACUAAGUUCUUUGAGAAAACAUCUCCUCUCGCACAGAGUAGAGGCGGCAAGAAGCAACGACGAUGUGGAAGAUCUGGCCAUGGAUAAUGUAAGAAAUUACUCCACGAACGCACUAACUCUUUGCAUGAUUGCCAAAGAUUACGAAGACGCUAGGAAGCUUGGUGAUGGACAGCGGAUCGUUCGAUUGUUUAAAUUCAUGCUGCUAUUUUUCAAAAACAAUGGCAAGCAUAAGUAUGCAUAUCAUGUUUUACACCAUCUAGCUCAAAUAAAGUUCUUACUACCACCGAAGUUAGCGCAUGAUGUCAUCUGGAAUCGAUUCGUCAAUAACCGUGGUAAUGUGGAUUCUAAUGUCGAAAUGGAUAGAACGGUCGAGCACGAGAAUCGCGCUUUUAAGCUAGAUUGCAAGGGAUUUAUGGGCAAGGUUUCUGAUAAGUCCGUAACUAGAAGUAGCUGUUCCUACCAACAUAUAGAAGAAGUAAUGUCAAAUUAUGAUAAAAGUUCCUUUGUCAAGAAUGUGUCAGGUAAACAUUGCACGCCGAAUACUCAUGAAGAAGUCAUUGAACUUGCCCUUGAUUUUCAUGACAUCCGCAUCUUUGGUGACAUUCCAGGCCGAUGCCACAAGGCAUUUCCAUCAUUUCCCAAGACAAUUCUCCAGACAAUAGAUCCACUAAAAUUAAAGCAGUGGAUGAUUGAGAAAAUAAAUGAAUUCAAAGAUUUAAGUAUUUAUCAAAAAAAUUGCUUGUGA